AAGGUGACAUGGAUGACACUCGUCUCAUCGUUUAGGUGGAAAAACAUAAAAUUCUGUAUGACCCGCAGAAUGUAUUGUACAAAGAUUUGAAUGCGAAGGAAAAGGCAUGGGAAGCAAUUUCGUCGGCUGUUGGUGUCGACAAACACAAGUCUCUGAGGCAAAGAGCUCGUUCACCCAUUCAAUACUAUGGAGAGGAGAGCUCAAGCACUAAAAGAAUACAUACUGAAGCAGCCUGUUUGGAAGAAGGAGAACCUUAAUCCCAAAACAUGGUUAAAAUCAGACCAGGUCAAAGGUUUCACUGAAUUUAUUCUGCCAAAGGACAUUGGUGAAGAUGGUGGUUAUGACGACAAGGAGAUGUUGCUGGAGGUUGAGAAAGACUUCAUAGAAGCAGCAAAGAGAAAUGACGUGGAGGGCAUGAAACUUCGAGAGAGAGGCGUUAAUGUCAAUGCCAAGAAUGUGCAUGGUCGAACUGCUCUUCAUUAUGCCGUGGCCCUCAGAAAUGUGGAAGCUGUUGAUGUACUCCUUCGAAGGAGAGCCAAACUAGAUUUACAAGAUAAGCAUGGACUGACUGCUGUUCACUUAGCAGCAUGGUUUGGAAGUUUGGAAAUCCUUAAGUUACUUGUGCAAGGUGGAGCUGACCAAAGCAUUGAAAAUACGGAGGGUCUGAACAUGAUGCACUGCGCUGCCAUGAACAAUCACACUGAUAUUGUAGAGUACAUUGUUGAUGACCUGCAAAUGGGAGAACUUGACAAAGAAGAACAAUAUGGUAACAGGCCUUUUGCCCUGGCCGCAGCACACGGAUGUGUUCGCAUGCUACAGAUGCUGAUGGAGGAACCUUACAACAUGGCCACCAUGGAGGAAAAUAAGGUUGGAGACACACCUCUGCAUCUGGCAGCAAAGCACGGUCAACAUGAAGCACUGCAGCUACUUCUAGACAACUUUGAUAUUCGCAAUGAGGUCAACCAGGCGGGGCAGACCGCUCUGUAUCUGGCUGCAGAUGAAGCUCACGAGGACUGUGUUCAAGCCCUGCUGGAGGCACAAUGUGACCCAAACAUCGUAACAUUAAGCAGAAGCAGCCCUCUGCAUCCAGUCUGUGAGAGGGGCCAUUUUCCAAUUGUAAAACUGCUCAUUAAUAGUGGAGCCCAAAUAAACUCUCAGGACCAGCAUAUGCACACUCCAUUCCAUCUAGCAGUGAAGAACUGUCAUAUUCCAAUAAUCCACACCUUGCUUGAGGCUGGCUGUGAUCCAAACGUAACAGACCAUAUGGGACAAACUGCACUCCAUAUUGCCGCUGAGAUGGGGAAGGUGGAUGUGGUCGAGAUGAUUCUGAAAGCCGGGGUGGAUCUGGAGAUUAAGGACAGGCAAAAUAAAACAGCUCUUGGAGUAGCAGCGAGGGGGAAUAUGGUAAUAAUUGUGGACAUGAUCAUCAAAGCUGAGAGAUAUUUCAGAUGGAAGAGCAAUUAUCAAAUGACUAAUACAGAUGCUAUUGAGAGCCUUCACACCGAAUCACCGUUGACGUUUAAAUUAGAUCACUCCCCCGACAUGAAGCCGCUGCGUGAUAUAAUAUGGGAGCUCGCAUACAAACACCUCAAGCGCAAUGACUGGAAGAAGUUGGCAGAGCACUGGGAGUUCACAGAGGAUCAGGUGGCUGCCAUCGAGGAGCAGUGGACAGGUCCUAACAGUUUCCAAGAGCAUGGGAACAGGAUGCUUCUGAUCUGGCUUCAUGGAAUCACGAUAGAAGGGAACAGCCCAGCCAAAGGCCUGUAUGAGGGGCUGCUUUCUGUUGGGAUUACAAAGAUUGCUGAAAAAAUAAGAAUGGAGGGAACAAACACUGAUACCAGGAAAUGCACAGUUUCAUGAAUCCAAGCUGCUACAGAGAAAUAAAAGAUGCUCCGAACUAAAAACAGUGCUUUAUUUCCUAAUUGACACACAUUUCUUAAAUUGAUCCAGCAGUUAACUUUAGUAAAACCUGUGAAUUAAGGUACAGUACAAACUAAUACAGAAGCUUACUGAUCUGAAACAAUCAGGAAACUGUUGCAGAUUUUGAUUAUGGCUUUGUAAAACAUUAUAAAGUAAAUGGUGACACUCAUACAAACAAUUUUAAUAAAUAAAAGAAAGCACAUCAUGUAAUAAA